ACUUGCCCCCUCCCCCGCGGACUGCCUGGCUUGAGAUGAGUGGAAGAUGUCGGUUUCGGGUCUGAAGGCCGAAUUGAAGUUUUUGGAGUCAAUUUUUGACCCAAACCACGAACGUUUCAGAAUUAUCGAUUGGAAGCCUGAUGAGCUUAGUUGUCAGUUUAAUGUAACCGGUGAAAAACUCCUGAUUAUACAUUGCAACAUCACGGAGUCAUACCCCUCUAUACCCCCAAUCUGGUUUGUUGACUCUGAUGACCCAAGUCUGACAGAGGUGUUGGAGCGCCUGGAAGAUGUCAGAAAGGGCACCUCUCUGCUCCUACAGCAGCUAAAGCGUCUUAUCUGUGACCUGUGUCGGCUGUACAACCUGCCACAGCACCCAGAUGUUGAGAUGCUAGAUCAGCCACUCCCUGCUGGGCCCAUCAACCCAGAGCGCAAGCAUGGACCAGCGGAUGAAGUGACAUCCGAGGAGGAGGAUGAAGAAGAAAUGGGCGAGCAGGACAUUGAAGACUUGGACCACUAUGAGAUGAAGGAAGAGGAGCCAGUGGACGGGAAGAAGUCAGAGGAUGACGGAAUAGAGAAGGAGAACCUGGCCAUCCUUGAGAAGAUCCGUAAGAACCAGAGGCAGGACCACUUGAACGUAAGUGCUCAUUCGGGUGCCGUCUCUGGUUCCGUUCAGGCCUCCGAUCGUCUCAUGAAGGAACUCAGGGAGAUCUACAGAUCACAGAGUUACAAGACAGGUAUUUAUUCGGUGGAGCUAGUCAAUGACAGCCUUUAUGAGUGGCACGUCAAAAUAAGAACGGUAGACCCAGAUAGUCCGUUACAUAGUGACUUGCAAGUUAUGAAGGAGAAGGAAGGGGUGGACUACAUUCUGCUCAGUUUCUCAUAUAAAGAUAACUUUCCUUUUGACCCACCGUUCGUACGGGUCGUCUCUCCUGUGCUGUCUGGCGGUUACGUUCUCGGCGGAGGGGCCUUGUGUAUGGAACUUCUCACAAAACAGGGCUGGAGCAGUGCCUAUUCCAUAGAGUCUGUGAUCAUGCAGAUCAAUGCCACUUUAGUCAAAGGAAAAGCCAGGGUGCAGUUUGGAGCCAAUAAGAACCAGUACAACCUUGCCAGAGCACAACAGUCAUACAAAUCCCUGGUCCAGAUUCACGAAAAGAAUGGCUGGUACACACCUCCUAAAGAAGACGGCUAAAGAAGGCACUCCUCAUACUCACUGGGAACAGAAUAAUGUCUUUGGGUCAAAAACUUUAUUUUGUUUAGUUUUUGUUUGUUUUUUUGAGUGGGGGGGAGACUAUUUUCUCCCUUCUGACUUAUCAGGAGUAAGUAAAUCAUUUUUCUCCUGGAAACCAACUGACAAAAUUCUUCCAUCUCGCCUGUCGUCGUCGUCGGCGGCUCAGUUGACCAGUAUCUCUGCCUGGUCCAACAAUAGGCUAGCCCCCCCGUCCCCGUCGCUCUCACGUCACUCCACUUCCUCUGAGGGCCGUGUUUGUGGAGACUGAGGGCAUCGUGCACAUUUUUUUUUCAUUUUUUUUUCUCUACACAGAAAGGUUCUUGUUUUCCCUUCUCUUAAAAAUGUGGAGAAUGUUUUUUUUUUUUUUUUUUUUUCUGUACAUACGCUGGUGUGACAACGUGGGCUUGACAUAAAAUCACCAUCUGUUUCUGCUGGGAGAGAGAGAAAACACUGAUGUUCUGACAAGAGGAGAGCUAGUUGGUUUGUUCGUAGCCAUGUCCUUCUCUGUUUUUAGUGUGACUCUGUCAGCUCUUACCUUACAGCCACGGCAUGGUCAGUGGGAUUUAACUGAAAGCUCUGUGGUGACCGUUUGAAUUUAAAGCGAAGAAGAAGAAGAUGAUGAGGAUGAUGUUUCAGUGAUGUCAUGUUUCGUGACACUGCUCCUUAUUCCUCCUCACUUUGUGUAAUAUUUACUGGUACAAAUUGCAGGCAUUGUUAAAAUAUUAUACGCUUAAAAUUGUAAUUGUACUUGCUGGCUUGUUUAAUGUCCCAUGAGCCAGAUUGGUGACAAAAUGUUGUGUGACUAGGAUGCAGGAGGGGCUUUAAACUGAGUCUGAGGUUCUGUCCUAAAUAACAUCAUUUUCCCUACACACUACACUACUUUUGACCAGGGCCCUAUGGGAAUACAAACAUAGAAUGUUGACCAAGCUCUUAGAAAUAAAGCAAAGCAUCUCUG